GCGAGACGACGCCACCGCUUUGUCAUUGGAAUUCCAUUUUGUUCAUAAAUUUCCUCUGCAAGCUCCAACCAUUCUGCCCCUGAAAUGGAACUUUGAAUUCCCCCACCUUGAGCUGCCCUCUUCCACUUCUCUCAUGGCUUCUCCCUUGGGGCCUAUUCUUCUACUUUUGCUUCUUUUUCUUUCCCCAUCCUCUAUCCUUAUCCUUGCUCAGACCUACACAAAUGUAACUUUAGACUCCUCUCUCACUGCUCGUACUGAUGGCUCCUUCUGGCCCUCUAAAUCUGGUGACUUUGCCUUCGGUUUCCUCCAAUCUGGAGAUGGAGGUGGAGACUAUUUGCUGGCCAUUUGGUUCAACAAAAUUGCAGAAAAAACUGUGGUUUGGUCCGCUAAUCGGGACAAAUUGGCACCUGGAGGAUCCAUAGUUUCACUUACCCGCAGUGGUCAACUCGUGCUCAGCGGCCCUCGAGGUGAUCAAAUAUGGAGUGCAAACUUAGCAGGUGGCAACCAAACAGUUUCCUACGCUGCAAUGCUCGAUAACGGCAACUUCAUUUUGGCUGCCAGGGAUUCUGAAAUUUUGUGGCAAACCUUCGAUGUGCCUACCGAUACCAUUUUACCAUCACAGACUGUUAGUCAGGGCAAAAGUCUUUUUGCUUCUUAUUCACAAACCAAUUACUCCAGUGGAAGAUUUCAACUCGCGAUGCAACCUGAUGGGAAUCUGGUGCUUUACCCCACACAAUUCCCCACAGAUACAAGAAGCAGGGCUUAUUGGGCAACUGCCACAGUAGGCUCCGGCUUCCAGCUCGUCUUCAACCUCUCUGGUUCCAUUUAUCUCAUCGCAAAGAAUGAAACCAUUUUGGAAUUUUUGACAUCAGAUACUCCACCGACCCAGAAUUUCUACCACCGAGCGAUUCUCGAGGAUGAUGGGGUUUUCAGACAGUAUGUUUACCCAAAGAUUGGUAGUGGAAGUAAUUCGUCUUGGCCUAAAGCUUGGUCUCAAGUUUCGGACUCCACACCUUCCAACAUCUGUACGGCACUUAAUGAUGGUACGGUAAGUGGAGCGUGCGGAUUUAAUAGCUAUUGUAGGCUUGGGAAUAAUCAGAGGCCAUAUUGCACUUGUCCACCGGGCUAUGACUUACUUGAUCCAGAUGAUGUGAUAAAAGGCUGUAAACCCAAAUUUGUUUCUCAAAGUUGUGACGCAUCGUUUCCUGAAGCUGAUGACUUCGAGUUUUCCCCUCUAGAAAAUGCGGACUGGCCUCAGGCUGAUUACGCCCAUUUCCAACCAGUAAAUGAGGACUGGUGCAGAAGCGAAUGUUUGAGCGAUUGCUUCUGUGUGGCUGCCAUUUUCAGAAAUGGGGAAUGUUGGAAGAAGAAGUUUCCCCUUUCCUUUGGGAGGAUGGAUUCUAGCGUCGGCGGAAAAGCUCUCAUCAAAAUCAGGAAAGACAACUCUACUUUCAGACCUUAUAAUCCCUCUGAUAAACAUACCAACAAAACUAAGUUAGUCGUUGGAUCAGUUCUGUUGGGAAGCUCUGUAUUUCUAAACCUCACCUUACUGCUGCUCACCUUUUUGAUUGGCUACCGAUUCAACAAAAGGAAAUCAAAGGUUCUUCAAGGAGACCCGUUAGCGUUAGGUGUGAAUUUGAGGGCUUUCAGCUAUGAAGAGCUAGACAAGGCCACGGUCGGAUUCACAGAGCAGUUGGGAAGUGGGGCUUUUGCUACUGUCUAUAAAGGAACUCUGGACGACAACAACCUGGUGGCGGUUAAAAAGUUGGACAAUAUGGUGAGAGAGGGAGGAGAGCAAGAAUUUAAAGCUGAAGUGAGCGCUAUUGCUCGAACAAACCACAGGAAUUUGGUUCGUUUGCUAGGUUUUUGCAAUGAAGGAGAAAACAGAAUGCUGGUGUAUGAGUUCAUGCAUAAUGGAUCUCUUGCAGAUUUCCUUUUCGGGCCCUCAAAACCAAAUUGGUACCAGAGAAUUCAACUAGUUCUAGGAACUGCCAGAGGGCUAUCUUAUCUACACGAAGAGUGCAGCACCCAGAUCAUUCAUUGCGAUAUCAAGCCUCAAAACAUCCUUCUAGAUGACUCUUUUGCUGCACGAAUUGCAGACUUUGGUUUGGCCAAACUUUUGAACAAAAACCAAACUCGAACCAUGACUGCAAUUAGAGGAACCAAAGGAUAUGUAGCUCCAGAGUGGUUCAGAAGCCUCCCCAUUACUGUGAAGGUUGAUGUGUACAGUUUUGGGAUUCUAUUAUUGGAGAUCAUCUGUUGCAGGAAGAAUUUUGAACUAGAAGCAAAAAAUGAAGACGAAAUGGUGCUAAGCGAUUGGGCUUAUGAUUGCAUGAGAGAGAGGAAAGUAGAGAUGUUAGUAAGAAAUGAUGAGGAAGCAAAGAAUGAUAUAAAGAGGGUGGAGAAGUUUGUUAUGAUUGCAAUUUGGUGCAUUCAAGAGGAGCCAUCGUUGAGACCCUCUAUGAAGAAAGUCAUACAGAUGCUUGAAGGUGCAGUUCAAGUUUCAACUCCCCCUGACCCAUCUUCAUUUAUCAGUACAAUUCAGUGACACAACUUUCUUCUAUUAUGUGAAAACAUUGUCUCUUCUCGCAUAUCAUAUGAAUAACCCAAUACAAUUGUCCAAUACAAAAUGUCUCAGCUGCACUUUGUGGUAUAGUUUAGACUAGCCUCAAUUGUCAGUCAUAUAGGACCA